GUAUCAAUACCUGUCUGGUCCAGCUUUCGUUCUUCCGAGUGAAGUGGUCUCGUGCGACGAAAGAGGUCCAGCACAACUAGCCAUUGUCCUAACGGGCUGCCCUCUCGAAUCGCGCGAAUUCGUUCGUCUCUCUCUCUCUCUCUCUCCUCAUUUAUUCAUUUAGCUGUCAACUACUAUCCACUCCGAAAACAUAUUCAAAAUGCGCGAAGUCAUUUCCAUCCAUGUUGGCCAGGCCGGCGUCCAAAUGGGCAACUCUUGCUGGGAAUUGUAUUGUCUGGAACACGGAAUACGGCCCGAUGGCAUCCUCUCCGAAACACGUCCACCUCAAGCGAGCGGCGGAAGCAAUUCGCCCAGCACGUUUGGAACGUUUUUCAGCGAAACGGCCAGCAAUAAACAAGUGCCCAGAGCGCUUUUCGUCGAUUUGGAACCUUCCGUCGUUGAUACGGUUCGCACGGGCACCUACCGUCAGCUGUUCCAUCCCGAUCAGUUGAUAACGGGCAAGGAGGAUGCGGCCAAUAAUUACGCUCGGGGUCAUUACACGGUGGGUCGAGAGAUUGCCGACGUCGUAUCGGAUCGCAUCCGACGGCUGGUAGAGAAUUGCGUCGGCCUCCAGGGAUUUUUAGUCUUUCACUCAUUUGGUGGUGGAUCCGGCUCGGGAUUCACUUCUUUAUUGAUGGAAAGACUCUCUGUCGACUAUGGCAAGAAGAGCAAACUGCAAUUUUGCAUCUAUCCGGCACCUCAGGUGUCAACGGCCGUUGUGGAGCCUUAUAAUUCCAUCUUGACGACUCACACAACUUUGGAACAUUCCGAUUGUGCUUUUAUGGUGGAUAACGAAGCCAUUUACGACAUUUGCCGCCGUAAUUUGUCCAUUGAACGGCCCACCUACACCAAUUUGAACCGUUUGAUUGGUCAAAUCGUCUCGUCCAUUACGGCAUCCCUUCGUUUCGAAGGUGCUCUCAACGUCGAUUUGACUGAAUUCCAGACCAAUUUGGUGCCCUACCCGAGAAUUCAUUUCCCACUGGUGACUUACGCUCCGAUGCUUUCGGCCGAAAAGGCCUAUCACGAACAACUGAGCGUGGCUGAAAUCACAUCCGCUUGUUUCGAACCCAACAACCAAAUGGUCAAGUGUGACCCUCGUAAAGGAAAAUACAUGGCAGUGUGCCUGCUGUACCGAGGUGAUGUCGUACCCAAAGACGUCAAUGGAGCCAUCGCAUCCAUGAAGAGCAAACGAACCAUCCAGUUCGUCGAUUGGUGCCCUACUGGUUUCAAAGUGGGAAUCAAUUACCAAGCUCCGACGAUCGUUCCAGGGGGUGAUUUGGCCGCUAUGCAGCGCUCCGUCUGCAUGAUAUCCAACACUACUGCCAUUGUCGAGGCCUGGGGCCGGCUCAAUCACAAAUUCGAUUUACUCUACACGAAACGGGCAUUCGUUCACUGGUACGUGGGCGAGGGCAUGGAAGAAGGCGAAUUUUCAGAAGCACGUGAAGAUCUGGCUGCUCUUGAAAAAGACUACGAAGAAGUGGCCAUGGAGGACUUGUCUGAUUCAGACGGCGUCAUCGGCGACGAAUACUAAAAAUUAAUGUUGUUGUGUGCUGCUCACUUUUAUCAAAUUUAUUAUUACUGUUUUGUUUUGUUUUUUUUUGGCUUUUCUUAUCUCGUGUGUUUGUCUUUUUUUUUUUAUUAUUUGUUUUUGUGUUUUUCACAAACUGAUGGCCUACUUCUAUUCCCCCAUUUUUUUGUGUGUGUUUCCAUAGAUUUUUUUUUUUUUUUCUUAAUUCUUUUAAUUAUCUUUGGCUUGCUGAUCGUGUACUGGUUCAAUCAAUUAAACUAAAAGAUUUUUUUGUGCGUCGAUAA